UAAAAGUACAAGGUACACGAAAAAAACAUGGAGACUUACAAUUGAGGGAGGUUGCAAACAAGUCAUUCAAAAGUAGUGUAAAUUGUAAUUGUGGGUUAUUUAUUAAAGUAGACUGUCAGGCACAUUAUAAGUUUGUAAAAAUGAAGAGCUCUAUUAUUUGUGCAUCGUUGACAUUUAGCAUAUGUGUAUUUUUAUGAUGGGUCUAUAUAAUUUAAGACUUUUAUGAUGUCUUAGCUAAUAGAAUUUGACGAUAUUUUAAUACUAUUAAGUAGUAUCAGUUUACUUUCUCAUAAUGGGUACUGAAAUGCAAGUAGCAACAUUAGUGUCAGAAAUUUUGAAGGUUGAUGCUAUUGAAGAAGCAUUCAGUUGUUUCCUAGUGCAUAGACCCAAUGAAAAACACGGAAUGCUUCUUGUUGAACUUCAGAAUGCUUUUACGAGCUCUCCAUCUGAGCAAGAAAUAGGAAUCAAGCAAUUUUUAGCUAUUGCUGCUACAAUGACAAAUCAUAGUAGGCUUCAUUUACUUUUUUCAUUUUUAGAAAAUCUUGUGACCAAUGGGUCUGUUUCAGCUAGGUUAGUUUGUGAAUGCAUACUUUCCUGUGACAAACUUACACAUACACUUGAAAAUUUUUGGAUUGAGAGCUUUAAUCUUAUAAAAAAGAUCAUAACAGGUGUUGACUACAAGGGUGUUCGAGAAAUAAUGAAGGGUUGUUGUGAGAAAGCUGCUACAAUACCUCCACUAUUAAAUGUUGCAGUGGUACAUCAAAUGAAGGCCUUAGAAAAUGUUAUGAAUAUGAUAUUUGAUCGCAAUGCUUGUCUUCUUCCUGCUUAUUUUAUUGUAAAUGAAAUUCAGAAAGUUUAUCCUAAUGGAAAAAAUUGGCCUCAUUGGAAGCUUGCUGAACAGUUGUCAUCGUUUGUGGAAAGCUUUCGUUCAACUGCACAGAUGGUAUCAAUUAUUGGCCAUUCUACAAUGCUACCAGUUGUUGAACAUUCAGGUUAUGCUGAUCACCUUAUUAAUCCGUGGAAACUAGAUCCUCCUACUUUGAAAUUAUCAUUGAAAGGAAACCUUCCUUAUGAUAAAAGCCUUCUUGAACCUCAGACUCACCUUUUAAGAUAUGUUCUUGAACAACCGUAUUCAAGGGAUAUGGUUUGUUCCAUGCUUGGAUUAGUAAAACAGCAUAAGCAGCGGUGUGUUGCUCUUGAAGAACAGUUGGUGGAACUAAUUAUGGUGGCUAUGGAGAGAACUGAAACUGAAACUACAAAUAGUGAUACAAUGAAUACAAAUAGCCAUUGGCUCUGGCUUCAUCUUUCUUCGCAGCUUAUAUAUUUUGUUUUGUUCCAAUUUGCCAAUUUUUCAAAUAUUGUGAUGGCCCUACAUGAUAAGCUUCUUGGCAAAGAAUUGAGAAAAGGAAGAGACCACUUGAUGUGGGCUUUACUGCAGUUCAUAUCUGGAAGCAUACAAAGAAAUCCACUUACAAAUUUCUUACCGGUUUUUCGUCUGUACGAUCUCUUGUAUCCUGAGAAGGAGCCUCUUCCAGUACCUGACUACAAUAAAGCUAUUUGUACUCACCAAAUGGCAAUGACAUGUAUUUGGAUACAUCUUUUGAAAAAAGCGCAAUCAGACCAUCUUAAUAUACAGAGACCUGUACCAAAUGCUUUGAAAGUUCAACAUGAGUUCCUUCAAAGUUUAAUAGCCACUAAUACAAAUUUGUACAUGGGAACUGACUACCGUAUUGCUCUGUUGUGCAAUGCUUAUUCUACAAACCAAGAAUAUUUUUCUCGCCCGAUGGCUGCUCUGGUGGAUACAAUUUUAGGAUCAAAGGGACCGACUGGUGCUGCAGGGACUGCAAGUGUCAAUCCACUCCCAUCCACUUCUGGGCCUACAACACCAUUGUCCAUGUCAAUUUUAGAUUCAUUAACUGUUCAUUCAAAAAUGAGUCUUAUUCAUAGUAUAGUCACUCAUGUGAUAAAGCUCGCUCAAUCCAAAAGCAAUAUGGCUCUCGCUCCAGCAUUAGUAGAAACAUAUUCAAGACUGUUAGUUUAUACUGAAAUUGAAUCUCUUGGGAUCAAAGGUUUUAUUAGUCAAUUGCUACCUACUGUAUUUAAGUAUCAUGCUUGGGGUAUAUUGUAUACUCUUCUUGAGAUGUUUAACUAUCGAAUGCAUCACAUUCAACCUCAUUACAGAGUUCAAUUGCUAUCUCAUUUACAUAGCUUAGCAGCCGUACCACAAACUAAUCAAACACAACUACAUUUGUGCGUUGAAAGUACUGCUUUGCGCUUGAUCACCGGACUAGGUAGUGGAGAAGUACAGCCCCAGUUAUCUCGAUUUUUAUCUGAACCUAAGACCCUAGUAUCAGCUGAAUCUGAAGAGUUGAACAGAGCUCUAGUUUUAACGUUGGCAAGAUCCAUGCAUGUUACAGGAACUGGUUGUGAACCCGCCUCAGGGGCAUGGUGCAAGGAGUUACUGAAUACCAUUAUGGCUAAUACACCUCACUCUUGGGCUCAACACACAUUGCAGUUUUUUCCUCCUGUUUUAAAUGAGUUUUUUCAAGCUAAUAGUGUUCCAAAAGAGAAUAAACAGCAACUUAAGAAAGCUGUUGAAGAAGAGUUUCGUAACUGGGCAUCCAUGAAUAAUGAAAAUGAUAUUAUUGCCCAUUUUUCUGUCCCAGGGACACCUCCCCUGUUCUUGUGUUUGCUUUGGAAAAUUAUUCUUGAGACUGAUCGCAUCAAUCCUAUUGCUUAUAAAAUUUUAGAACGGAUUGGAGCGAGAGCGCUCUCAGCACACCUUCGUAAAUUUUGUGAUUAUUUGGUGUUUGAAUUUACUAUUUCUGAAGAAGGACAGCAUGUUAACAAAUGUGUAGAUGCUAUAAAUAACAUGAUAUGGAAGUAUAAUAUUGUCACCAUAGACCGUCUGAUUCUUUGCAUGGCAUUAAGAACUCAGGAAGGUAAUGAAGCUCAAGUUUGUUUUUUCAUCAUUCAACUUCUUCUCUUCAAAGCUGCAGAAUUUCGUAACAGGGUUACUGAAUUUGUCAAAGAAAACUCUCCUCAACAUUGGAAACAAUCAAAUUGGCAUGAGAAACAUUUAGCAUUUCACAGAAAGUACCCAGAAAAGUUUGCUCCUGAUGGAAUUCAUGAACAAACUGCAGGAUCUCCAUUUCAGUCUCUUCCUGUUUAUUUUGGGAAUGUGUGUCUCAGAUUUUUGCCUGUUUUUGACAUUGUUAUUCACCGUUAUCUAGAAAUUCCUCCUGUUACUAAGUCUUUGGAGACUCUUUUGGAACAUCUGGGAAGUUUAUAUAAAUUUCACGAUCGGCCUGUUACCUACCUCUAUAACACGCUUCACUACUACGAGAGGGUGUUGAGAGAUAGACCACAGCUAAAAAGGAAGCUAGUGGCUGCAGUUCUGGGAACUGCUGAAGGCUCUAAAGGAUGGCCCCUCUCUGAACCCUAUUUGAGUUAUAUGCAACAGCAGUUAGAUAAAUGGACUCCUGAACUUGAUUAUUAUGUAAAACUUAUUAGAAGAAUUGUUGAAACUAUGUCAGGAGUUGCACAAUUUCCAUCAACUGAUUGGAGAUUUAAUGAAUUUCCAAAUCCUGCUGCACAUGCUCUUUACAUAACUUGUGUUGAAUUAAUGGCAGUGCCUGUAACAUCUAACAUUGUUGCUAACAAUUUACUUGAUGUUAUAAUAAAAGGUUACACGGUCAUUCCUUGCAAUCAGAUUCAACUCUGGAUCAAUUCCGUUGGACUUGUAAUGGCAGCUUUGCCAGAUUCAUUUUGGUCAGUGUUGCAAGAUAGAUUGGUUGAGGUAAUUACUUGCCCCAAGCUCUUGGAGUGGCCUUACAGAAACUCUCCUUUCCAGCUUUUCAAUUUCUCUACAACUCACAAUUCUUAUUUAGACAACAAGUUUUCUUAUACUCUGGCUACUGCUCAUGCCAUUUGGCACCACGCUGGAGUUGGGCACCUUUCGACCAUUCCACAGUUUGUAAAAGAAAAGUUAACAAGAGUUGUAAAGACUGAAGAGCAGCUUCUAUUUUUAUGUCACCUCAUUGGACCUUUUUUGCACAGAUUUAAUACUGACAGACAAAAAUGCGUUUUUGAUCUUACUCUAGAAUUAUAUACAUGUUUGGAGCAGGUGGACAAAAAUGUUCCUGUUCUGAAGUAUAUGGACCCAAUAUCAGAUUUAUUAUAUCACAUAAAAUAUAUGUUCGUUGGAGAUACUAUGAAGCCUGAAGUAGAAACAUUCAUCAGGAAGCUACGUCCAGCUCUGCAAAUGAGACUGCGGUUCAUUGCUCACCUGACAGUAGAAGAAAUUAAUGACAAACAAGAAAUGGUGGCUCAGACUAAUAUGCAAAGCAACAUUCACGUGGCACAGAACAAUAUACAAACCAGUAUUCAAAAUAAUAUUCCUAAUAUCCAGAGUAAUAUGCAGAGCAUUCAGAAUCUACCAAGUAACCUACAGAACAUUCAAAAUAAUAUUCCUAAUGUCCAGAGUAAUAUGCAGAACAUUCAGAAUCUACCAAGUAACCUACAGAACAUUCAAAAUAAUAUUCAUGCAGCUCAAAACAAUUUGCAUUAGGUUUUGAUGUUUAUAUAAAUGUAUAUAUGUUUUAUAAAUUGUAAAAAAACAAUGUUUAUGUUGGAAUAGUUCUAUUCCAUUAGUUCUUGUUUUAUCUCCAAAUUGAGGUUUAUAACGAAUGCAUUUGUACAUACUAAUUUUAAUGAAAAUAAUGAAUUUUAUAUUUGUAUAAAAACGAUAUGUAUAAAUGUACGUAAUUAAGUUUACAAUUUGAUUUCUCAACAAAUAAAGAGAAUUAAUUUAUUGUAUGAA